UGCCCCGCUCCGCUCCGCUCCGCUCCCGCGAUGGCCCCCGCGGCGCACGGCUGCGGCAGCGGCGCGCUCCUCGGCCGCUUCGGCGUCCUGCUGCAGGCGCUGCUGGCGCUGGGCGCCUUCAGCACCCUCAUGCUAAAACGAUUUAAGGAACCAAAGGAAGAGAGACGCCCCUGGAGGAUAUGGUUUUAUGAUACCUCCAAGCAGGCAAUAGGUGCCCUCUUCAUCCACUUUGCCAAUGUUUUUCUGUCUGAUCUCACUGAACAGGACCCUUGCUCUCUCUAUCUCAUUAAUUUCAUCCUUGAUGCCACGCUGGGGAUGCUGUUGAUCUGGCUUGGUGUGAAUGUUGUUUCCUGGAUUGUGCAGCAUCGGAAGUACACGUACCUGGUCUUUGGAGAAUACGGUGACCCACCACAAGCUGCUGCCUGGAUUGGUCAGUGUAUUCUGUAUUUGCUGAUAAUGGUUUUUGAGAAGACUGUGAUAAGCUUGGUCCUGCUUAUCCCAGGUUGGACCAAGCUUCAGGAGAUCCUCCUGGAUUACAUUCCAAACCCUCAGCUGGAGCUCGUGCUGGUGAUGCUUGUUGUGCCUUUUGUAGUCAAUGCCAUAAUGUUCUGGGUUGUGGACAGCUUGAUUAUGAGGAAAUAUAAGCAGAAGGAUACCCUGGACAUCAAUGGAUCCAUAGAUACUCCUCGGGCUAGGAGAACUGAGGAAUCUCAGGUGUUGCUUUCGCCAGAUGUGGAUUUUGAUCACUCUGAAAGUGACCAGGAUAUUUCAGGACUCCAGGGAACAAGCCAGAAGAUGAAGCAGCCCAGCUAUCAAGUGGUCAUCUGACAACACCAAGACAAGAGUGGAAGAAAGGGAAGCAGUGCUGCAGUCCUUGAGCUGGCCUAAGAAGGGCAGAGUGGGGAAUGCUAGUUGAUCCCCAUGGGUCAGUGGAGAUCCUUUUUUGUCUGCCUCAUCUAGACCUAUCCUUCUGCGGUUGUCUCUUUUGGUGUGUGUGCAUCCUGUACAGGCUCAGCAGCUGGCAGUAUCUGCUUUACUGCUCUGUCCUUAAUCUGGACACACAUGGGCACGUUUUGGUUAGGGCUGUGGAGAUAUACUUCCUCUGGCUGGCCAGCUGGGUGUAACUCUGGGGUUAAAACUGAAAUCAAAAGGUUAAAUCUGCUGUUCUUUAUUUAAAAAUCUAUCCUGUACUAGCUGGAUUAUGACACUUUUACAUGCACAGAUGGUCCAAAUACCUGGUUUGCUAAUGUGUAUUUAAAGGUCUUGAAUUGGGAAGAUUGAUUUAGUGGAUCUGAUACUUUUUACUGUUUUAUAAGGAAUGUAAUAAAUGUUUGACCUAAAA